CUUUGUCUUUCUUAUCUCCCUGUCCCUCUCUCCGAAUAUGUAUUACUUGUACUCGUUCCGUCUCCUCUCCUCCUACUUGCUUCCCCUAACUACAUCUCUAUCUCUUGCUCUCUUACUUUUGGUCCCUCUUUUAUACCAUUGCACUCAUACUAGUCACUCUCUUGCCGACCACGCAAUCCGAUCCAUUUUCCUCCCUCUGCUCGGCGAGUACCAGCAACUAACCCCCUCUCUCUCUGCUUAACCCUCGCGGUACCCCUCCUCUCACCCUGUCGUUUCUUCCGUCCACCCACUUUCUACCCCAUUUCCUCCCCUUUGCUCUCUCAUCACUGUGCCAGCUUCUAUCCUUGCCCACCCAUUUUCUCUCACUCUUUUCGGUGGUAAAAGCAGUGGCGUAGUCAACAAAAUUUCCCUUCAUUGGAAGAGGAACAUUACAUCUCUUUUCCUCUUCGUCGAGGGAUGACAGUUGUAAGGGCCACGGUACCAGAGAUAUACAGUUCUAUGCGGCUGUAUAUUCGUAUCACGAAAAAGAAUGAUCAUUGGAGGAUCGAGAUGGAAUAUGGAAUCUGGAGUCUUCACGCCGCGGGUGAACUUUGGGCUGACCCGCGUCUCGCCCGAAGGCACUCGAUUCUGCCACCCAGUGCCACGCAGUUGCUUCCGAGGGCUGCGUUCGCCCUGAGCGGUCUUCUUAGACCUGACAUGGUGCCGUUACCGCUCACCUCCACUCCCGACCCCAUGGAACCGUAUGGACCUAUGGAGUUGGUCGCCAAAUCCUCCUCCAACGAGAGGGACGCGGAGAACAGCGAGCCCGAAGAGAAGAACGAGGAGAAACACGAGGACAACGAAGGAAACAUCGAAAAAUCUGACGAAAAUGAUAAUCAGGGUGUUUACCCUACUGUACCAAAAGAAAACAACGACAACGAGGAUGCAGGGGAGGAGAGCGACACCGGAAGUACGAACAGUUCGCAUCGGUCCGCCAACAAUAAUUUGUCGACGACGCUACUCGACCCGAUGGCUUAUCUUACUUUCGAUAAGGAAGGAUCAGUGACACCAGUCCUAAAUGGCUUGGUACUCAGCGCCUACACCGCCAUGCUCGGCAGACUUUCUGCAGCAACCGCGGCUCUGGAGGCUACAGAAAUCCCAAACGUCCCUUCCGACAGUGAUUCAGAGAGCGAGCAUUCCUCUUACACAGAAAAGUCACGAGGUAGCAGUCCAAAUGUUAGUAACGCGCAUCGCGGAUAUUCCUGCGGCUCCUGCGACGUGGUUGCACCGACGAGGCCUGCUCUGCGAAAGCACAUCGCCGACUGUCACCCAACAGUGUCUAGCACGGAAACGGGAGAAACGAAAAGUUGUCCGUCGUCGGGCUGUGAUUUCACAACGACAAGUAGGUGCGAGAUGGAGACUCACGUGGCUGCACACGUGGCUCAAGGAAUGACUCCCACAGGAAAGAAACGUACCCUGGCAUUGCAACGUGUCAGGUAUAGAUACGAGAGAGAAGAGUACCGGUGUUCGCUAUGUUCAUAUGCCUGUACCAUCGAAAAGGCGUUUCAGAGGCAUUUAAGGGCUCACGCAAAAGGUACAGCACCGGAAACAAGGGUGAGCUGCGCCGUUUGCGGUGCGGACAGAUCCUCAGAGGUCGAUCUCAGCAGACACAUGAGAAGGCAUCGUGACGAUCGAUACUUUUGCUGCGACAUUUGUAUCUUUCGCACGGUUCAAUUGAAAAAGCUGAUCCAGCAUCGACGAAUGCACACGGGCGAGAAACCACACCUGUGCCCACACUGCGCCUACAGAAGCGCACGCCGCGACAAUCUGCGGAGCCACGUAAGGCGAGUACAUAAAAAGGAGAAUCUUUAUUGCGACACUUUUAGUCCGCGGGGUAUGCUGUUAACACCCACGAUCGGAAGGGACAGUCCUGUGGUACAGAGCCCAGAAUCCUCACCGUCCUCCAAUUCGGAGUCCGCGAACUAGCGAUGCAGCUCGUGAAGAAGCUGGAAGAUCUCGCGGGGGAUCUCGCGACAAUUCGUCGUCGUUCUACACGUCCUAACUUUGUCAAUAUUGCGACUAGACGGUAGAAGUUUUACGUUGGCAAAUCGCGUCGUGUCGUCGCUCUUUUGAGCUGCCUCGAAAGUAAUUAGACCACCGAAGUUGUCUAGGAGAAAUUUUUCUAAAUUAAUUUUGAAAGAAAUGCAAAGAAAUUAAUAAUGCAACGCUAAUAUGUACGAUAGUCGGAUAUUUGAAGCAACAAGAAUAGCGACGAUGAAAAGCCAGAAGUUGUGUAUUUAUGAUUUUUAAACGAAUGCAGCGGUUGCAAGCGCUGUUAUAAAAAAUACGUACAAUUUUAUCGAUAGACUGCAAAGUAUACGAACGAAAUUAGAAGAAAGUACGAGGGAAGAGCGCAGCUUCUGGCUAAUUACGACAAAAUUUGCCACUAGAGACUAGGUAAUAUGUAGAGAAUUGCAUGCGAACGUCGAUAAUUCAAUCUCAUCUUCGAAUUCUAACGAGAUCUUUAUUAUUAGCCAAUUUAAUUAUCGAAGUCUCUUCGUUGAUCAGUCGUUGAUGAACGAACAAAAUAAAGCUGCGCAAUGGUGCUAGAAUCGUAGACUGGAUUAUUAGAGGAAGACUGAAAGUAGGAAUGUUUCACGGUGUGACAUCGUCCUUCGUUUCUCUUUGUGUCGAUCACCGUGAUACGAGCAGAGAAAUCAGUGAUUAUUAAGACUGGCUGUUCUCCGAUGAUGUUUCAAAGAUUCUCGUGCUGUGAAUCAUUACUUAUAUUCUCAAUUAUUUACUGAGACUUAUCAAUAAGUAAAUUCUAUUUGUCAGAACAAAUGAAACCAAGAAAAAUUCCCAUUGCAAACAAUUCUGAGGUGUAUCUGUAAUUUCAUAAAAAUUUUAUUACAUAAUUUAUUUUAGUUAAAUGUUUAUGUGACAGGGAUGAUAUACAUGAUUUAUUAGAGGUAAAAUUCUACAGCAUGAGAUCUUUGAUCCAUGGAGAGAGGUGCUAUUUUCCAAAGAUAAUUUUAAUAUUGCAUCUUUCUGCAUUUAACACCAACUAUAUUGAUUAUUCAGCUAUAAUUAUGAUUAUUAUCAGGAUUAUUGAUAAUGAUAUACAUUGUUAUUAUUACUAUUAUUAUUAUUAUUGCCAUUAUUACUAUAUAGCAUAUGUAACGACAAGGUGGUACUGUUCUAAAAGGAUAUUGCAAACAAUACGUUAUCGUGUAAUGGUGUGAAAUGCGUUCGUUAACUGAGGAAAGAGUAGCCGAGGGAUAUUUAUCAAAUUUCAUAUAGAUAACGAUAAGAGACUGAAGAGUCUCUGUUCGAUGAUAUUGGUUCUCUUAACACGCUGACUGCUAUGGUGGUCAAUAAUUUAUUCAUUCAAUUUAAUCAAACAUUUUAAAUAAAGAUAAAGAAAUUGUUUGAUGUCGAACUAAUGGCUAAAGUUUGUAGUCUUAAUUGAUUGUUAUUCUUGAUAUUCUGAUAUUCUUGCUGAGUAUCACUGAUUGUACAGUGGAAUCUCUUAUAUGGCCUUGAAAGAUAUUAUUAACAAUUUGUAAAUUUGUAAACUGAAAUUUCUAAAUUGGAACAAACCUCUAAAUUUUUAACUAUACAAAAUAGUUUCAUUAUAGCAAUCAGCGUGUUAAAUCACUUAAAUACUAUCGAUCAACCUCAUCUCUGCUUUUAAAAUAAAUUAAUGAUAAAAGCAGGUGCUCGAAGUGCAGGAAUUUCCAACGAAUAACUUUAUACGCAAGUAAUCGGUAAGCGCGAAAAUAAAUUAUAAAAAUUCUUUAAGCGAAUUCACAAUACUCUGUCCUCAUUUAACGCGAACAGAAAUUCACGUCGCAAGUUUUUUCUCUCUGUAGGAUCAAACACCGUCCCCUAACGAAAAAAAAAGAAAUGAAAACGGUUCUACAAGUUUCUGCUGAAACGGGGAGGCGAUAAGACGAAGCCCAGUACAUAUAACAUAAAUGUGUGUCAAUUUUUAAUGUAUCAUAACUACGUUCUAGUCGAUAACGGUUUUUAAGGGAAAGAUAAGAAGGCACGGGAAGAGGAUCUAUGCUAUUCGAUGCGCAACGUUACGGCCGCAAUUAGUAAAAGCUACGUUCUUUCUCGUCCGAGACGGCUGCAUUCGCAUUCAGAAGGAACAUGCAUUCGAGUCGACUGAAUUUCGCGGGACGAAUCGUUAGAAUUGAUCGAAUUGUAAAAAGAAAGGAAUACCAAACGAUUUCCACUGCUUUGGAUUUCGUUAACGUGCUCAAAGCGUCGAAAGCAUUGCUUUAGCCUUAAGUGUUUUCAACAAAGCGUUUAGUAUGAAAGCUGCUUUUUUGUGGAUUUGUGAGAGUAUUGUUUAAAAUAAUUGGAGGAUUUAUUCUAAAUUUAAGAAAAUACUUUUGAUGAUUUUAAAGGUGUAAUCCUCUAAUCAUUUUAGAAAGAUUAUUACUGGUAUACUGAUGUGUUAAUUUGUUUUUAAAAUUGUUAUUGUAUUGUGAUUUAUUGUUUAAGCAGCGUGUAGUGUUAUUUAUAGUUGUUCGAACGACUUGGUAUGCAAAAGUUGAAGAAUUGUUAUCAGCAAAUAUGAAAAUAAUUGUUAUGUACACUUUAAUCUUUAUGGUUAUAUGGUCUAUAUGGUUUCAAAUAUUUUUUAGGAUAGUAUAAAUUUGUUAUGCUAUUGCUUACUUCAUUUUCAUCUACUUACAUGCUAAUUAUAAUUAAAAAAUAAGUAGCUUAUGUUAAAUGAAUCUUAAAUUUAAUUCUAAUACGAGUCACACAAUGUAUGUCAUAGACUAAAAAAUGGUGACAAUUUAUGUAAUGAUGAUUAUGUUAAAAAAGACCAAAGUCGUUCGAAUAAUUAGAUAUCCAAAAACUCGAUCAAUUUAACCAACAACGACGAAUCCCUGUAUACGCAAUUUUCUCAGCGUACGAUACUCGUACUUUCUUGCUUUUUGAUAUACGUGUAUUUUAAACGAUACUUUAUAUUUGUGAGCGAUUUAUUAAGACGGCGUUACGCGGCAAAAUCGCGACAAUUUUUAUACGAAUGAUUUUACAGGUGCACGCCUAAACGAGCUCCCUAAUUCCCGAGGGAGCUGAAUGAUCCGCGUCGUCUCUUUCAUUUUUUCGAUAUUUCGUGUUGCUCGCAAAACGCGAUGCUCCCUCUCUCUAUCUCUCUACCUACGUGAUAUAGUAUCUUUGGUAGUUGGUUGUGCCGCGAUAGCAAGCUAAAAAAGUAAUUAUUAUCGCGGAACGACGAUUGUUGAUCGUUGGUAUAUCGAUGCGUUGUGUAUUAUGAUAUAUUUAUAACGAUAUUCUAUUUUUGAUAACUGCUCGAUUGAUUAUUCCAUUUAGAAAGGAUCGUUCACGCGGCCGCGUUUUAGAAUAAUUUUCUAGCUUUUAAGGUGUCGCGGACUGAUAUGAUCUGUGAAGUCGGUUUUCCUUUAUCCAUUCGCGUUGCAAUUACAUAUAUGUAUAAAUACGUAGCUCGAUGUAGGACGAUUUUCCACGGUGAAACGUCUCGGACGUAGAUGAUUUCGAACGACGAAAAACACACAGGCGUACAUUUAGGGGUCACUUGAAGGAAUUGCCUUUUGCGAGUGGAUGUGGAGCCUCCUCGAGCCAGAUUAAUUUAUUGGCAUUCUGUCUGUUACGGUGCAUGUACACGCGUAGUAACGUACAAAUUUAUACUUAAUUAAUUUGAGUAUCUCUUGCAUAUUGAUGAGUACUUCAUUUACUGUAAUCUUUAGGUAUUGCCCUUUUUGUGAAUGUUACUUUUGCAAACUUUUACUGUUAAUCUAAUUUGAUGUAAUUGCAAUGAUGAUGUUUUUGCAAUGUUUACUUAUUUUUCUCAUUAUAGAGUAGUCACUUUUAGACCACUUUCAGCUUCAUAGCUGAGGUGAAUAAUUUCUUAUAAUUUCUGUAUUUUGUCUAUAAUAUACUUCCAUAAUUUUACUUACUAAUAUAAGAAUGAAUUACUUUAGAGAGAAUUAAAAGAAUAGUUUCUCAUUAUAUUACCACUGAAGGUAAAACACUGGGAUUGGCAAUAGAGGUUUAGUAAAAAUGUUUACUUUGCUAUUGCAAUUUCUAAAACCCCAUUAAAAUGAUGGUAACAUGAAGAUGGCAGUAUAAUGAGAGUCUAACCGAAAAAUAAUUCCUUCUAAGUCAGAACUUCUAAAAAGAAAGUGCUUAAUUAUUAAAAUACUUUGUAUUAAUGCUUCAAGUUUGUAAAAGUUGUUAAUAGUUUAUAAAAGCGCAAAGAACUUUUGUACAUUACUACGCGUACAACGAAGAUCUUUAAUUAUCGUCCGAACGAUCGAUCCUCAGGUGCGUCCGAGAUUUAUUCUAAUUAAUUCUAGCAAGCUCAUUGUUCGUAAAUGUCGUGCCAAUAGCGAGGAACAACGCGUGCCAAAAAGAUGCGAGCAAGAGAAAGGAAACGUGAGUGUAGUAAGGUUUUAAGAAGAAAGGAUAGGGAGAGACGAGUCGACCUUCUCGAUCGAUCGUUUUCUUUAUCUAAUCGAAUAGAAAAGAAUUAAAAAAAAAAAAGAAAAAGAAAAAGAUUCGUCGAAAGGGAACGUCGAUCGAGCCGCGUCGUCUCGUACUACGAAAACACACGAACUAGUUGUUAUAAUCUUUUAACUGUUGAAUUUUUGCAGUAGAUGGUAAGUGUCUUAACGUAUACCUUAUAUAAACUACACGAUAAUAUAUUCUAUAUUAAUGUUUCUUAGAUUUACGUACGUACGAUCAGGCGCCUCGCUUUCGUCGAAGAUGUUUUUGGGAAGCAACAUUGGCACGGAAGAAAUUAUUUAAAAUUUAGAGGGAAAUUGACACUUUUGUGCGGAGUUUA